AUAAAACGCGACGUCUUUUCCCUGUAAAUGCAGAUUUUGAUUUCUUAAUGAAAACCUCUUCAGCUCUCACCCUAAAGGAGCUCCUUUACGGUCACCCCGGUGUUUACGGGAUGCUUUUGACUCCGCAGGUGUCCUGGAGGUGAUAUCUCUCAUUGAGACUGUACUAAAUAAACAACAAUGACCUGAUAUUUACCUGCCUGAGCGGCUCCGUACGGUUCAAGACUCCGUUAGCAGACUUCGGUAAAUAACAGACACUUCAGGAGGGUUUGGAGGUAAAUCUGCAGCUGAUUCAGUCCUCAGCUCAACGGGAAAAACUCGAGCGCCAUCUUCGGGCUCGUCUCAUCGGCUAUAGUGGAGCGGGACGUCGGUGCGAGAGGCGCCGGGAGCGGAGCGGUGUCGGUUAACAUACCGGGGCUGCUGGACGACGGGAUGGCUGCGGGGAAGGGAGUCGGGAAGCCCGCCUCGAUGUGGGACAAUAUGCGGAUACGGUUCAUCGUUUGCUUCUUGGGAGUCUUCGUGUGUUACUUUUAUUACGGAAUAUUACAAGAGACGAUCACUCGAGGUGAUUAUGGUCAGGAGAAGUUCAAAUUCGCCCGUACCUUGGUCCUCAUCCAGUGCAUCAUCAGUGCGAUAUUUGCUAAGAUCUUGAUCCAGUUUUUCGAGGGCUCCAAGCCGGAUCACACCAAGAGCUGGCUCUAUGGCCUGUGUUCCCUCUCUUACCUUGGAGCAAUGGUGUCCAGUAACUCUGCCCUUCAGUAUGUCAACUACCCCACACAGGUGUUGGGGAAAUCCUGCAAGCCCAUACCAGUGAUGAUCCUUGGCGUGACGAUACUGAGGAAGAAGUAUCCGCUGGCGAAGUACCUGUGUGUGCUGCUGAUUGUGAGCGGCGUCGCUUUGUUCCUCUACAAACCCAACAAGAGCUCAGCUGUUGCAGAUGAUCAUAUUUUUGGCUUUGGAGAGAUUCUCCUGCUGGUCUCUCUGACUUUGGACGGUCUGACCGGCGUGGCCCAGGACCACAUGAGGGCUCGUUUCCAGACGGGAGCCAACCACAUGAUGCUGAACAUCAACAUGUGGUCGACUCUGGUGCUGGGACUCGCGGUGUUGUGGACCGGGGAAGUGUGGGAGUUCCUGAGUUUUACUGAACGCCACCCGAGCAUCCUGUACAACAUCCUUCUGUUUGGACUGACCAGUGCUCUGGGCCAGACCUUCAUCUUCAUGACGGUUGUGUACUUCGGGCCUCUGACCUGCUCCAUCGUCACCACCACAAGAAAGUUCUUCACCAUCCUCGGCUCCGUUAUUUUGUUUGGUAACGUCAUGAGCACCAUGCAGUGGGUCGGCACCAUCCUGGUGUUCCUCGGUCUUGGAUUGGAUGCUAAAUUUGGCAAAGGCCCCAAGAAGACAACACACUAAAACAUCUGGAGCCCGCUGGAGGAAGAGGCACAGUGCAGAUAAAGCAGAAACACUAUAGCCAGUAUCGUAUUUGCAUCAGGCAUACUGUAUGUGCCUGUGAUUUGCUCAAGUACUUAACUGUAUUUAAAAGACAGCCGUCAUAGUUUUCAGCUCCAGCUUCUGUUCUGCUCUGUUGAUUUACUGAAGAGAUGUUUUACUUGGGAUCAAGUCCUGAAUGAAGUGGGAUGAGCCAUUUACAUAACAACACAAUCAUGAGCUACGAUGCUUUUACGGAGGAAUUUAAACCGACUGAGACACACAGAUGGAAAAAUUACUGUAUUUAGACAAAUCGUUGUUUCUGAAGCCAGCUCUUUGGAUGUAUGUUGAACCAAACAAGGCCUAAGAAAUACAUUUCCAGCAUUUCACUCGUGAACUUAACCACUGACUGGUUUACAGAUUGAUGCUUGAAUAUGUGUAAUUAUCACAUAUGUUGUUCAUCUCCUGGAAAACAAUUAGCCAUGCCAUUUAUAGCAUUUAAACGGUUCUAUGUAGCCUGUUGUGUUACGUCCAAUCUUUCAAUUGAAUUGUUUUUACUUUUAUUUUCUACGAGUUGAAAAUAACUGCAAAUAAAGGGAAAUUGUUAUAUUUAA